AUGUGCCUUUUGGUGAGCGCGGCUCCCCGGGGGGCUUGCCAGCGCCUUCGGCCUUCCCGCGCGUGGCGGCAGGUGUACUUCCCGUGGGAUUCCCCCGGAGAACGACCCUCUUUCCCGACAGUCCCCACGGCCUCUAGCCGAACGCUGCUAGCCUGUCCAACAGAGGCAAGUCUCCAGUUCCGGGGUCCCCUGCGGCUCGGUGGGCUCCAUCCCCCUCCACCUCUGGCAGCUGAUGGGGCAGUGAGUGGAUGCGACGUCAGCAGCGGCAGCCGCGCGAGAGGGGGAGGCUCCUGCCGAUUCGCCUCUGGACGCCGUGGCAGCCCGGAGGCCUUUUGGGAAACGGAGUUCUUGGCCCACGAACUGAAGCGCGAAGUGCAAAAAGUAGAUGAUGCGGAGAAGGAGCAGACGGCACUUACAGGUCAACAGCCCAAGUCUGUCUGGCAAUCAGAAGAGCUUCUGGAAGAAUUUCAUAGGACUGUGGGCCGUAAAAGACGCGGCUUCGGGAUGCAACGGUCCCCUGCAGCAGGAGACGCGGGAACUGCGGCUGCCUCUCCCGAUGGUACCUCCGCUUCACAGGAGUCCUCGAGUUCCAAUGACGCGUCUUUGGAUUUUGUCGUUGAGAAGGCAGACCCCUCGGAGGCGUUGUUUGACUACGUUUCGCUUCGCAAUGGCGACUACCGAGAUUUGACUCACCAGGAGGCCAUGCGAAUGCAAGACGCCUACCAACAGAAGCUGCUUCUUGACCGCCGUGUCCGCUGGCUGAAGGCGCGCGCGCUGCCGGAUCCCGAACGAGAUGCGGCGGCAGUUAUCCGAAAUCAAACACCCCAGAGCGAAGACUCCCUUGUCAAGUCCUUAGGACUAGACGACGGUGUAAGGGCUGCCCGGCGUCUCGUGCGAAUGGAAGCAGAUGCAGAGCGGCAGGAGCUAGCGUCCCGCAUACGCGCGAAGAUGCGCGAGGAGAAGCUUGCCAAUGCCAAGCUAAUGAAAGCCGCCUUGCCCAACGUCCAAGGGCAGGUUGUUGACCCCAUCAAAUUCCAUGUGGCACGCAGAACCAUCCGUCAAGCCAGGCUUUUACAGUCGCAGCUUGAAGAAUUCCUUACUUGGAACUCUGCAGAGGUCCUUCACGGCCUCUUGGGGGGAGCGUCGGUGUCCCUUCAUCAUGUGGAGCAGCAAACUACCAAAUCUGUUUGCUACGUCUUCUUCACCGUGGCCUCUAGGCACGACCCCAAAGAUGUUGAAGAGAGGUUAAACCGUGCAGCUCCGCACUUCCGCAUGCAGAUGGCGAGGCGUCUUGAGCUGGGAUUUACUCCACCCUUCCGCUUUGUGCAUCAUGAGGAAGAUCGAACCUUCAGCAAGCACAGCCUUUUUAAGGUGGCCACUGAACGCCCUCCGCAUGUAGGCUCCACUAAGACGGGCAAGCAGCAAACGAUUGCUUCGGCAUGGGCCAAAACAAUGAACAGGAUCGGUUAG